GACUCGACUCAGACUGCACUGAGCCUCCCUCUACUUAGCUGUCAUCAGUUCAGAGAGGUUAUCUGCCAUGAUGAUGCCUGGAGGCUUAUCUGACACCAAGCCUGCUACUCCGGAAGUCCAGCAUAUUGCUGACCAGGUGAAGCCACAACUUGAAGGCAGGGUGAACAGGACAUUUGAUCUCUUCAAAGCCAUAGUGUACAGGACUCAGGUGGUUGCUGGGCUCAACUACUUCAUUAAGGUCCAAGUUUCUGAUGAUGACUAUGUCCACUUGAGGGUGUUUGAGGCCCUUCCUCAAGAGAAACAAGGUCCUCGCCUUGACGAUUUUCAGACUGGCAAAACCAGAGAUGAUUCUCUGAUCUACUUCUGA